AUGGCCUCUGCCGUUCACUCGUCUGAGCUCCAGAGCGUUGUUGCUUUGGUAAAGACACUUACGAAUGCACAGCUUAAAGAUAUCCUGAGGAGUGAGGGGCUCGCUGUUUCUGGUGUUAAAGCUUCGCUACAACUCCGGAUAAUUGACUAUAUUGAGAGACUCAACCAAGGAGGACAUACUGAGCGUUAUGAUAAUCUAAGGAGAUUCAUUUAUGCUACCGCACAUCGCGCGAUGCCUGGGCCGUCAACGACACAACAACCUCUCCCAAGCCAGCCAUAUCACGCAUCACUUAAUACCCAGUCAAUACAAACACACCAUAGGCCAACGCCAUUGACUAUACCGAUGUCAUCGCAUGGAUUCACGCCUGGCCGCAUUACUUUCAAAGACAGCCCGUUCUACACAAUCUUGGAGCAGCUUACUCCUACUGUAGAAUGCAAAAUACGCGAGCAAACCAGGGACAAUGUCGAGCUGAAAGUCGUCCUCACCCCAACUGUAGCUUCAAGAUUGCAAGCUGAUCCCAAUCUUCGGGUAAUGGUUUAUUGCGCAGCGGACAGUGGCCUCAAUCAAUACACCAAGUCCGAUAUUGCUUUCCCUCACCAAGUUGAGCUCAAAGCAAAUUUGGACGAGGUCAAGGCUAACCUGAAAGGCCUCAAGAAUAAGCCCGGUACCACGAGGCCCGCGGAUGUGACGAAUUAUAUUCGCAAAAAGCCAGGGUAUCCCAAUCAUAUUGUUAUGACUUAUGCGCUUACGCAAAAGAGAUUUUUCGUUCUUGUGAACCUAGUCCAGCGCCAUCCCAUUGAGGACCUUGUCUUGGAAUUGAAGAGGAGGAAAACGAUCACAAAAGAGCAAGUAUUACGUGAAAUGAAGAAUAGAGCGGAGGAUUCUGACAUCGUUGCCACCUCCACUGUCAUGUCCUUGAAAUGUCCUCUUUCCACGCUGCGGAUCGAGGUCCCUUGUCGCACUGUCGUCUGCACGCAUAACCAGUGCUUUGAUGCAUCGUCGUUUUUGCAGUUGCAGGAACAAGCGCCUACAUGGUCGUGCCCGGUUUGUUCCAAGGCCACCAGCUAUGAAUCAUUGCAAGUUGACCAAUAUGUUGAUGAUAUACUCCAUUCCACAUCGCCGGAUGUGGAACAGGUCAUUAUUGAACCGGACGGGAAUUGGUCGAGUCCAAAGGAAGACGAGUUCGAAGGUGCUGGGGGCGUCACUCCGGCGACAGAGGACGAGGACGAGCUGAUUGAGAUCAAAGAACCUGGAAUUGUGCAUGUGAAGCAGGAGUCACUCUCAGCAUCAGGCCUCUCCCUAGAGCGGACACCGGCUCAAUCCCGGGAGCCGUCAGCGACAUCAUCUGCAACUCGUCUGUCCACUAACAAACGCUCAGCGGCCCAAGUGAUCGAUCUGACUGGUAGUGAUGAUGAUGGUUCCCCAGUCAGACCAGCUAAGCGUCUGGCAUCAAAUGCUCCCCACCGGGCUUAUGCUCGACCAGCAUUUCGUAACUCAUUUAGCAGCGGUCUUGUAAACGGGGGAAAUUUCUCCUUUACGAACCAGACUAAUUCGGAGUCCCCUAGACAUAUUGGUGGUUUUGAUGCGUGA